UGGACAACAAUUACACGGAAAUUGUAUGAUUGACGCUUGAGCUGGCCCCCAGCCCGUUAUAUCUGUCGACCUGUUCGAAGACGUAUUUUUCUGGUGCGAAGUUGCUGUGAUUGCGUUCCUGAAGUCUAGAGAAUUAACCAGCUUCUACAAUGGCGCGUGGUCAGGGAGUGAACCAGGAUCUGUCGAAGGUUCUAAAUGAACUUUGGACGCUGGACUACAACCGUUUGAAGCCCGGAACAGACUAUGCCAUAUCUCUACAGGGUCAGGCGGGAUAUGUCCGGCGCGGCAGUAACCAGGCCUCAGACCACGCCCACGCAUCGCUCUUCUCUUACGUCAACGAGCAGAAGCUGAAGAGUAUAGCGACCUACGCGCACUUCAUCAACCUGCUGGAUAACUAUGAGAUGUCCACGGGCACAGCAGAGACGGUCACCAGACAGGAAAUGGCGGAAAAUCACCUCUUCCUGGACGCCAUCUUGCAAACGGAGGUGAUGAAGCACGCUCACAGGUACCUGGUCAGCAGACGCCUCUCCCCAGCAGACCCGCUGAAGUUCAAGGAGCAGCUGUACGACAUCUGGUUCCGCCUGUACCACCGCGACAGGCAGGGGGGAGAGGACUCGUGCGGGUUCGAGCACGUGUUUGUAGGAGAGACGAGGCACGGGGCGGAGAUCAUGGGCUUCCACAACUGGGUCCAGUUCUACCUGCAGGAGAAGUGCAACCAUGUGGACUACAAGGGCUACAAAGCCAGAGACAGAAAGAGCACGCCGGACGAGGACGACCACGUGCUGAACCUGCAGUUCAGCUGGAAGGGGCUGGUGAAGCCGGUGGGAAGCUCCUUCAUCGGCGUCAGCCCCGAGUUCGAGGUGGCCCUCUUCACCAUCGUCUUCCUCAUGUCCAACGAGAGGGUGACCAACGCCAUCGUGCAGGUGGACGAGUACCACCUGGAGGUGGUGGUGACCCGCCACGGGCGCUCGAUUGGGACGUCCUAUCCCAAACUCCUGAGCAGCAACAACAGGCCCCUGUAGAGCCUGCUGCCGGCACUACACGUGGCUACGCAGUGCCUCCUCAUACUGACCCUGGAUCAGCUUUAGCGGUUUGCAGAGGAUGACAGGGGUUAGAGAUUGGGGCGCCACAGCUGACCCUGGAUCAGUGUUUGGAGGCCUUACAACGUUUGCUGAAACAGGAGCCAUUUUAUAGCUGUGCAGCUCAGCUGGGAAAAUGUGCCUUAUUCUGGAGUAAAGUCCAGCGCUUUCAGAAAAACCUGUGUUUUGCUUGCUGCUGUUUAUUCUACACCGAAUUACAUGAGUAUUAGAUCAUUACAGUCACGUCAAAAAGACACUGGACAGGGUGCAUAAAUGCACACUAUAGUUUUGUAAUUGCUUGUAGAGGAAUUUCUACAUUCUCUACAUUCUCCCAUUUAAAGUGAAUUUAUCUCUUGAAACGUAUUUUUUAAAUGACAGAAAUACUUGAAGGGUCAGUCUCGUGGGAUGCUGGGUUUAGGGCUGACCUGGGCUCCACCUACAGUUAAGAGGUGCUGAACAAGGACAGACUCAAUUUCAGGACACUGCAAAAUGUGAAGGACUGUUUAAAACGUCCCAGCUCUGAACCCGUUUAAAUGCAGGCUGGGUUUAUAACCAAUAACAUUUCAUACAAAAAACGACUGAGUUUCAGAGUCCUGUCUUCCAGAACGGGCGUCGAUAAAGUUCAUACUAUAUUCACCAAAAUAGCUUUCAUUGCUUUGACUGUUAACAUUUGUACCUGCUAAUGUGCCUGCUAUUUGAAGCUAAAUAAAUCUUACCAAAGCUAA